GAAAGGGCUGGGCCGCGCUCACCAGAAGUCCCCGGAGCAGGGACGGGGCUGAGCAGGAGUGGCAGCGGAAGCUGCGGGCACCCAGCAGACAGUGGGUGCCAUGGAGUCGGAACCCUCGCUGUCCCCCACGCUUUCCCGCUCCAUCAAGGAGGAGCUGCUCUGCGCCGUCUGCUACGACCCCUUCCGGGAUGCGGUGACGCUGCGCUGCGGCCACAACUUCUGCCGCGAGUGCGUGACCCGCUGCUGGGAGGUGCAGACGACGCCCACCUGCCCAGUGUGCAAGGACCGGGUGGCGCCCGCCGACCUGCGCACCAACCACACCCUCAACAACCUGGUGGAGAAACUGCUGCGCGAGGACACCGAGGGCGGGCGCUAUGCCGGCCACCGCUCCCCGCGCUUCUGCCGCGCGCACCGCGGCCAGCUCAGCCUCUUCUGCAUUGAGGACAAGGAGCUGCUGUGCUGCUCGUGCCAGGCCGACCCCCGGCACCUGGGGCACCGCGUGCAGGCGGUGAAGGACACUGCCCACGACUUUCGGGCUAAGUGCAGGAACAUGGAGCACUCGCUGCGGGAGAAAGCCAAGGCCUUCUGGGCCAUGCGGCGCUCCUAUGAGGCCAUUGCCAAGCACAAUCAGGUGGAGGCUACCUGGCUGGAAAGGAGAAUCCGGCAGGAGUUUGAAAAGCUUCGAGAGUUCUUAAGAGGGGAGGAGCAGGCCAUCCUGGAUGUCAUGGCCGAGGAGGCGAGGCAGAAGCAGCAUUUGGUGGAGGAGAAGAUGAAGCAGCUCAAGAAAGACACAGAGACUCUAGCCCAUGAGAUUGAGCGGCUGCAGAUGGAGAUGAAGGAAGAUGAUAUUUCUUUUCUCAUGAAACACAAGAGCCGAAAACGCCGCCUCUUCUGCACCAUGGAGCCAGAGCCUGUGCAGCCUGGCAUGCUGAUCAACGUUUGCAAGUACCUAGACUCCCUGCAGUACCGUGUCUGGAAGAAGAUGGUCAUGUCUGUUGAAACUGUGCCCUUCAGCUUUGAUCCCAACACCGCAGCGGGCUGGCUGGCUGUGUCGGAGGACCUCACCAGUGUCACCAACCACGGCUACCGAGUGCAGGUGGAGAACCCGGAGCGCUUCUCCUCGGCGCCCUGCCUGCUGGGCUCCCGCUCCUUCUCCCACGGCUCCCACGCCUGGGAGGUGGACCUGGGGGGGCUGCCCAGCUGGCGGGUGGGCGUGGUGCGCAUGUGCCUAGAAACUGGCCCCGAGGGCUACUCCCACAGCUGCUACCAGGACACUCGCUCUGGUUUCUGGUACCUGUGCCGCACACAGGGAGUGGAGGGCGACCACUGCGUGACCUCAGACCCGGCCACCUCACCACUGGUCCCCUCCAUCCCGCGCCGCCUGCGUGUGGAGCUGGAAUGUGAGGAGGGCGAGCUGUCCUUCUACGAUGCGGAGCGCCAGUGCCACCUCUACACCUUCCAUGCCCGCUUUGGGGAGGUGCGGCCCUACUUCUACCUGGGGGGCACCCGGGGGAACGGGCCCCCAGAGCCUCUGCGCAUCUGUCCCCUGCGCAUCACUGUCAAGAAGGAGCUGGAUACCUGAGGCCGGCGGGGAGCCUGCCAGGUGCUGCCCAGGUGUUCUGCCAUGGUCCUGCUUUCUUUCUGUCCCUCUUUCUCAAGCCCACACACACCGGGACACCUCUAGGUCCUGCUUUCUUGCCAGGAUCUGGCUACUAACUGUCUCACCCUUUUCCGUGGCUCCAGGCCCCAAGCCCCCCUCUUCAUCUUUGGCCUUUUCUGUACCCACAGUUGAACGUCACCCAGGAGAUGGCUUACUGGCCAGGCUCUCCCCAGAGUCCUGGCAUCUUCAGGAUGUGAAUUUCCUUCCUUCUAACUCCAGGAUUUCAGGGGACAAAGUUUGCCUCUAG